GCGGUCGGGAAGGAGGUUGCCCGCACAGCGCGCCAGACACUCUUUUUUGGUGACGUAGUACAGCGUUAGACAAGGCUCCACGUCAUCGAGCUCAACUAUGAAAAGGCAGUCUGAGCUUCGAACCCAUGGAACGGUUCAACUGGCGACUGUCUAUUCGCACUGCCGACGAUGUCAACAGAACACCUGGCUGACCUGGACGACAUGAGGAAUUUGAGCCGGGAGGAAACUAGUGCCUUGAAAUGUCUAAAACUCAUUCAGCACUAUAAGUGGCUGUUAGACGCGUUUGUUUUAGAUUUCUUUACAGAAAAUCAUUGGGGCCUUUUACCGUUAUCAUGGAGAGAGACCCUUCAUGACACCUCACUCGAAGAACUGGGGAGCUGGAUCUCUAUGACUGAAAGCAAAUGCGAGCGUGUGUGGCCAUUGUCAUUGCUAUCCCUGCGCGCUUCUGUCAAAGCUCUCUCAAUACCCCGAUCACAAUUGGAUCUAAGCGAUCCUAGCAACAUCAACUCUGGUGGAGUCACUUCUUUAAAGAAGACGCUCAGGGCUGGCAUGGAAACGGAGUGCCUCCGGCAUGAAAACUUGAGACAGUUAUUUGUUAGGCAUGUCAAGCCCAAAAAGCAACACGAAACUGUUGUCAUGGCGAAACUCUGCGCAAAAGCAGCCCUGGACAGCAAUGUUACCUGUGUUGUCGACGUUGGAGGAGGCAAAGGCCAUUUAACUCGGCUGCUAUCGUAUGGCUAUGGACUGGAUGUGUGCUGUGUGGAAGCUCAGAGCGAUCUCAUUUCUUCUGCAAGAGAGAUCGAUAAGAAGAUAGAGUAUACAGCAUCUAAAUAUUUAGGGAAAUCGUAUGUUGAUACUCUUCCUUGCCCUGAAUACAUAGAUAUCACUGUAGGCCGCAGUGAUGAAGCCCUCCAUCAGUUUAGAGAACUAGUCUUUAACAAAUUAAAUAAGAACUCUGAUGAGACUGUGUCAUUUGGUAUUGUUGGUCUCCACCCAUGUGGAGAUUUAGCAGCUACAUUGCUUCAUCUUUUUUUAAAUUUAAAUGAAGCAAAAUUCAUAUGCAUAGCAAGUUGCUGCUAUAUGAAGCUAAGCUGUAAUCCCUGUGAUGAAUUACGGAGCUAUCCUCUCAGCAAUUUCUUUCUAGCUCUUCCUGAAGAGUUAACCAACUUGUCAUAUGAAGCAUUAGAGUUGUCAUGUCAUGCUUUAGAAGCGUAUUGUCAACGGUUGGAAAAACAACAAUAUGAAGUUCUGAAAAUCCACUGUUACAGAGCAGUUUUGGAAAAGCUCAUAACUAAGUAUAAUCCAGAAAUGAAACGCAUUGGCUUGAGAAGUGUCAAACAUUUUGAUGAAAUGGACUUUUCAACAUAUGCCACGAGAGCCCUCAAUAGGAUUGAUGUAAUAAUUCCACCAACAGAAAUGACCUCCCCUGAUACUGUCCAGAAAUUAGAGAGAUGGAAAGACGUUGUUGUCUUGUACACCUUGCGUCUAUUGCUUGCACCGUUGGUUGAAACUGCUGUUAUAUGGGAUCGCUUGCUUUUCAUACAAGAGAGUGGAGUUAGUGGUUUGGUUAUUCCUGGAUUUGAUCCAGUUCUGUCUCCACGUAAUCUCAUAUUGAAAGGGUUAAAACCAAAAUAAACUAAUUUAUGUACACUAA